AUGGACCGACCAAGUGACGAUGAUGAAGAUGCGGAGUUGGACCUCGACCUCCUAGCGAUCAACGAGGACGACGUGCGUCAAACCGUCUACAAGCAGACUGGCAAGCGCAAGGGUGAAGCAAGACCCGGCAUGUCACGUUCAGCUCGCCCUCGAACUGGGUUGGAACAAGCAAGUGCGCCGGAACACGUCUCCAACCGUCACCAGAUACGACAAUCAAGUGCUCCAGAAACGAUGUCUGAUGACGAAGAAGAUGCGAGCGUCUACAAUCAAGAUGACGCCUCGACGCCUCCAACAUUUUGGCGUGCCAGUGCAAACGCAGUGGAAGCAACGGACCUAGCAGAACCUGUGACUUUCCAAGACGCGAUCAAUGGUCCUGAUCAAGCUCACUGGCGAAAUGCUGUGAAGGCGGAACUCAAGUCGAUGCAUCUUCGUGGAGUUUUCCGUGCGGCAAAACUGCCAAGAGGCCAAGGCGCGAUAGGCACCAAGUGGGUGUUCAAGAUCAAGCGCAAAGCGGAUGGAUCGGUCGAGAAAUACAAGGCGCGUCUCGUUGCCAAGGGCUUCAAGCAGAAGUACGACAUCGACUACACAGAGACGUUCUCGCCCGUGGUCAAGUACGUGACACUGCGUAUGGUGAUCGCGAUCACCAAGUAUUUCGACUGGCCACUGGACCAAGUCGAUGUGGUGACAGCCUUUCUCUACGGAGUGAUGAAGGAGAAGGUGUACUGCGUGAUACCAGAAGACUUCGAGAUGGAUGGCGACUUCGACUGUCUCGAGUUGGUGAAGGCGAUCUACGGUCUCAAGCAAGCUUCACGUGUGUGGAACAAGACUUUCGACGAGUUCGUUGUCGACGGUCACUGUUUGCUCGUGCUGGUCUACGUGGAUGACGUGUUGGUCACCGGCAGCUCGCUCGAGUUGAUUGCGCAGACGAAGGCCGACCUCAAGACGCGUUUCGAGAUGACCGACAGUGGCAAGUGUACUUUUGUACUGGGCAUCGAACUGGUGGACGAAUCGGAUGGCAGCGUGACGAUGUGCCAGCGACGGUAUGUCAACGACAUCCUCAAGCGCUUCGGCAUGGAUGAGUGCAAGGCCACAGCAAUUCCGGUCGACUUGAGCACUCGGCUUGUCGCAAGCAGCGAAGCGGCCAAGAUCGACGUUCCGUUUCGUGAAGCUGUGGGAGCUUUGAUGCACUUGACGACUGCGACGCGCCCGGACAUUGCGUAUGCUGUGGGUUACGUCUCGCGCUUCAUGGAGAAUCUGCAGCAAGAACAUUGGACGGCGGUGAAGCGCAUCUUUCGUUACUUGCAAGGGACCAAGUCGCACGGACUCCGCUUCCAGCCAAGCGACAAGAUCGACUUUCGUGGCUACUCGGACGCGGACUGGGCCGGCGACCACGCUGAUCGCAAGUCGACUUCGGGUUACACUUUCAUGCUGAUGGGUGCUCCUGUGAGUUGGGGAAGCAAGAAGCAGUCGUGCAUCAAGAUGACGAAGAAUCCGGUGAAUCAUGGCCGCGCCAAGAACAUCGGCAUCAAGUACCAUCACAUCCGUGAUGAGGUCAAGCGCGGUGAAGUGCAGCUCGAGUAUUGCGAGACUUCCGUGAUGAUGGCGGACAUCAUGACCAAGGGACUUUCUGGACCUCGCCACAAGGACUUGACGACGGCUCUCGGCAUUCGUGCGAGUUCGGAUUGA